AGAGAACGAAGAGUCCAGUGACAGGUAGUGAGUGAGAGAGCAAAGCUCAAGCACAAGGGAAGGACAAACACCUGCAUUUGGUCACAGACUGAGAUAGAAGCAAUUCGGGGCACAGACCAAGUUCAUGCCUAGUGGGGGAAGCGGCGCUAGAGAGAGAGUAAAAGUCUGACAGGGGGAAGCCUCUCAGGGACAGAGAGAGAGAGAGAGGGGUCCGAGCCUACACUAAAGCCUCUAGAAAUGCAUGAAAAUCACUUUCUUAUGUCGGCCCUGCAGCCGCACAAUGACAUCACGUCACUGGCUCUCCCCACCGACUCCCAGAUGGACCGGCGGAUGCGAGAAGAGAGUCUGGCGCUGCGCAAUGCGCGGGUACAAGAGCAGGUGCGCGCAAAGAUGAUGCAGAAGACGCAGACGACCCCUCGGGUGAGCAGCAACAGCAACUACUCCAUCUCCAGCUAUGGGGAUACCUUCAUGCCCAGAACACAAUAUGGAUCUGCGUCGGCAUCUUACAGUUCCCGCUCACAGGUCCUUAGCAGCGAGCCAAAGAUAUCUACUGGUCGUACUUCAGCAUAUUCAGUGGUGGGAGGAGGAGGAGGAGGAGGAAUGCGCUCGGGCUACUCAUCUCGUUCCGCAGUCGAUAUUGGUGGCACCCAGAGGAUCAGUGUAGCUUCUCAACAACGUGGUUACUCCACUUCCCGCCCAAACUCCUUCCAUGAGAAGGUAUACCCAGCCCGUAGAGAUUACGAUACAAUGUCUCUACGUUCCCUGCGGAUUGGAGAUGGAGAGGAGCGCUACAAUCAGGGGCCGGCCUCUCAGUCAGGAUUUUAUGGGCGCCAGGUUUCUACUUCCAGUGCUGGACCAGUGCUCCAGAGAUCUCUGUCAGGCAACAUUGGGCAAAAUGGCGGAGGCACUUCUUGGGUGGAAAGGGCCGAGGUGGCACAAACUAGAACUAUCCGUGCCCCUGCAAUGCGCACCCUCCAGCGCUUCCAGAGUACCAACCGCGCCCGAAUAGGAUCUGCUCCCUAUGGCACUAUUAAUACAGGCUCCCAACAGCAAAUGCAACAGAUGCAACAGAUGCAACAGAUGCAACAGAUGCAGCAAUCAUCAAGCAACAUGGGCUCCACCUAUGUAACAAACAUGAUGGGACAUAAUUCUAGGGCUCCUUCAGUGCGGAGCCUUGCUGAGUCCGGACACCAAGUGCAGGAAAUUAGAGGCAUCGAUAUGUUUGAUGGGAACAAAAGUUUGAUGAGCCAGCACUCUUUCACUAGUGGGUUUGAUGAUAUGGACAUGCCAAUGGCAGUGAAGCAUUUAAUGGCUUCUGAUCCAAACCUGCAGGUUCUGGGUGCGGCUUAUAUACAGCAUCGAUGCUACAAUGACAGCGAGGCCAAAAAGCAGGCACGCAGCGUGCAGGCCAUCCCCAAACUGGUAAAGCUGUUCAACUGCGAUAACCAGGAAGUCCAGCGCCAUGCUACAGGCGCCAUGCGUAACCUCAUCUAUGACAACCCUGAGAACAAGAUGGCGCUGGUGGAGGAGAAUGGCAUUUAUGAACUGUUGACCGCUUUGGAAGAGCCCGACGAUGAACUCAGAAAGAAUGUAACAGGUAUCUUGUGGAACCUGUCAUCAAGUGAUAAUCUGAAAGCAAGGCUGGCAAGGGACACCUUAAACCCACUCACGCAGAAGGUACUUUCUCCGCUUUCUGGAACGGCUGGCUCCGCUGUUAUCCAACAGAAUGUUUCGGAAUCGGAAAUAUUUUACAAUUCUACUGGUUUCCUCAGGAACUUGAGCUCAGCAAGCCCUGAGACGCGUCAGAGAAUGCGCGAGUGCCCCGGUCUUCUGGACUCCCUGGUCUCCUACAUAAGCAAUGCUUUGCAGUCUGGAAAGUCUGAAGACAAGAGUGUAGAGAAUGCAGUGUGUGUGCUGAGGAACCUGUCUUACCGCCUGUACGAUGAGAUGCCACCAUCCAGCUUGCAGAGGUUGGAGGGCGGCCAGAGAGGGCGUUCCACAGUGGGUGAUACAGUGGGGUGCUUCACUCCCCAGAGUCGCAAACUUAAAGAGCAGCAGCAGCAGGGUGCAGACAUUGCCACCUUCACAGAGAUCUCAAGGGAUCCCAAGGGAAUGGAGUUACUAUGGCACCCGCAGAUAGUCAAUCUGUACAACCGGUUGCUGCAGCAAUGCGAACUGAACAAAUACACCACAGAGGCAGCGGCAGGAGCCCUGCAGAACAUCACCGCUGGAGACCGCAGGUGGGCAUCCGUUCUGAGUCAGGUGGCACUGGACCAGGAGCGUAUUUUGAACCCAGUUUUAGAUCGUUUGCGGACAGCCGAUCACAACCAACUGCGCUCUCUCACCGGCUUGAUCCGCAACUUGUCUAGACAUGCCAAGAACAAGGAUGAAAUGUCCACCAAGCUAGUGAGCCAUCUUCUGGAGAAACUCCCAGCCGAUUCAGGAGAGAAAAGCCCCCCGGCAGAUGUGCUGGUGAAUAUCAUUGCCAUUCUCAACAACCUCACUACGGCUGGGCCCCUCGCAGCCCGAGAUAUCGUCUACUUCAAUGGGCUUGGCAAGUUGAUGUAUAUCAAGAAGAUGAAAGACAGCCCUGACGGUGACAAGGCCGCUCGGGCCGCCUGUAGCCUCCUCACCAACAUGUGGCAGUACAGCAAGUUGCAUCGGGAAUACAAGGCAAAAGGAUAUCGGAAGGACGACUUUCUCAGCGCGUGAUGUUGCUCUGCCGCUGGAUCGCUCUCCCCUCUCCUCUACUAAGAAGACCCGACCAACAUUAACCCGAGGUCCUCGAUCUUCCUAAACGCCACUUCCCGUUAUUCGCUCUGCCUCGUUUCAUGCAGCCGAGCAGAGGUGGAGGUCUUUGUAGAUAGAUUGAUUGUUUGUUUUUUUUAAUUUUGUAUUGGGGAAUGUGCAUUUGUGGGCCGUGUGCAUCGGGAGGGCACAUUCGCUCAUGUAACACUUUGCCUUAUUGGGAUAUGCAGAUCUCUGCUGCCCCUUCACUUCCUGUGAGGUGCGUAGCCAAAACCUUCCUUUCCUGUUUCCUAAGGGCCAUCUGCAAUGUUUGCUUCAGAUAAGGGUGGGAGAUAGAAGAUAACUGGCUGAUUACACUGAUCCUCAAGGACCUUCGUUUUUUUUUUUUCGUAACACGAAAAUGUUGAUGCUUUUUAUCUCAGGGGAGUAUUUAAGUGGGUGCGCUUGCUUCUUUACCUCACUCACAAGUGCCUUCUUCCUUCCAGUGCAAAUCUAAUAACAUUGAGGGCCGUGGCUCCAUCAAUAAAAUACACAAUUUGACUUAAAA